AUGCAGGUGUACUCAUCGCUGGAGCGGGAUGACAACAGUUCAAUAUCAUCAGAGCUGUCCGGCAUCCCCGCCGACAAACAUGAACAUAUGCAGAGAUUCCUCAACUCGCAUCAAAGUGAUUACCCCCCUCCAUUGUGUCCAUCUGUGCCCCAAAGUGAAAGCGCAUAUGUGGACAAUGCGUCACUCCAACCAGUUGCCAUGGUUACAUCAGCCAAUCAGAACAGAUCUGAUGAACAGUCCAGUGUACAUCAUUCUCAUCACCAAAGUGAAGGAGGACGGAUGACGAUGUCGUCGGCACUUGAGAAGUGCAUUACACAGUUGGCCGAGUCCAGUAGACAACAGCAUGAUGUAAACAAACGCCUUGUUGCAUCUAGUCAGCUACCAAAGAUAGCCGUCCCCCAAUUCAAUGGUGAUCCACUCCAGUACCCCCUGUGGCGGAACUCCUUCAAUUCCCUUAUCGACAGCCAACCCCUUGACGCCGACACCAAGCUUAACUACCUCAAUCAAUAUGUGACGGGGAAACCAAAGCACCUAGUGGAGCACUACAUGCUCAUCGGCACUGAAGAGGCCUACACGCAGGCAAGAAAAGUAUUGAACGAGAGGUACGGAAACAGUAGUGUAGUGAGCACUGCUUUCAUAAGCAAACUCCGUCAGUGGCCGAGGUUAACGCCGAGGGAUGCAGCAGGCUUGAGAGAUUUCUCUGAUUUUCUGGGGAAAGUAGAGGCAGCACGAGCAACCACAGCAAGCCUUGGAGUGCUGGACUACGCCAGUGAGAAUGCUCGUCUAGUCGAGAAACUGCCAUUCAACCUUGAGACAAAGUGGCGGGACAAGAUUGACUAUUGGAGACAGAUCCGUGGUCAGGAUUCCUUCCCCCCAUUCAGCGAGUUUGUCAAACUUGUGAAGAUUGCAGCAGACAGGGCAAACAUUCCUGAGUUGCAGAGCGUGGUUCGAAGUCAGGACAAACAACGUUCAAAUGCAGGAAGUGCUCCGAAAAAGAACACCAGUGUUUUUGCGACUAGUACCAGUCGAGGUGAACCAACAAGCAGAGUGCAGUUGUCCAGUGACAAGAGUUGUCUCUUCUGCAAUAAGCGUCAUCUCCUGGACGACUGUGAGCGCUUUCUGCGCAAGCCUUUCGCUGAGCGAAAGGGCUGUGCACGUUCCAGUGAUCAUCAAGUGAGAGAGUGUAAUGACAAAACAGUUUGUCGGAUCUGCGCUGGUGCCCAUUUGACCUGCCUCCAUCGCAACUUCCAACAGAGACGGCCAGAAGAAACUGCUUCAAGUAACCCCCAGUCAGCAGCGGCAAGUAAACAACCAGCUGACAAAGUCCCAAACAAUUCAUCCCCACCCAAAGAAGUCAUUGCUGUGCACCCCAAACGAGAUGAGGGAAUGUCCAACUGUAUUCAAGUGUGUUCCCAACCAGACCAAGAAGGAGAAGGUGACCACUCCAUGAUUAUACCAGUGUUGGUUCGUAGUGAGAGUGAUCCAGCGAGGGAGUUCCUCGAAUACGCCAUCUUGGACGAACAAUCCAACAGUUGCUUCGUGUCAAAGAGUUUGUGUGAAAGGAUGAACCUGCAGGGACCAGAGACGCAGUUACUACUCAGCACAAUGCAAGAGCAAACUGUGCAAAUCACCAGCAGUCGCAUAUCCGGGCUUGAAGUGCUUGAUGUCAAUAGAGAGCACACUGUUAAACUUCCAGUCUGCUUCAAGCGGGACAGCGUUCCAGCCAAGAAAUCCCAGAUACCGAAACCUGCUGUCGUGCAUCAUUGGCCCCACCUGAAGUCUCUGGCAGAUAAACUCAUGCCCUAUGAUCCAACCCUGCACAUCUCUCUUCUCAUCGGAAGCAAUUGCCCAAGAGUGGUUAGACCCAGAGAAAUCAUCGCCGGUGGAGAGGAUGACCCCUACGGCCAGAGGUCACUACUAGGCUGGGGAGUAAUGGGAACGUUUGCAAGGCUGCACGACAAACCGAUGACCAACCUGCAGUAUGCAACAAAGUGGUUGCUGCUGAACCACAAAGCUACCAACACUUCGUCUAUGGUACGAGGGUGA